AUGGAUUGUAGCAAAUUGGCAGAAGAUGGGACCCCUGAAUUAGGAAUGGAGUUCAAUAGUGAAGAGGAUGCGUACAAGUUUUACAACAAAUAUGCCUUUAAAAUGAGUUUUAGUGUACGGAAAGACUAUCUAAAUAAAGACAAAGACGGUGUGACCACGUCUAGGAGAUAUAGUUGCUGCAAGGAAGGUGUAAAACGCAAGUACGAAGGUGAUGUGAUGCCAAAGAGAACUCGAGCGCCGACGAAAACGGGGUGUGGAGCUAAAAUGGUUAUCGUGUUGUUUAGAGGGACAAUGAAGUACCAUGUGCAUGACCUUGUCUUAGAACAUAACCAUGAGUUGCACAUUGCUCAAUGUUCGCACAUGAUGCCAUCACAAAGAAAAGUGAGUGAGGCUCAAGGAUUCCAAGCUGAAAUAAGCGUGGAUGCUGGGCUUUCAUUGAAACAAAGCCACGAGCUUAUGGGAAAGGAGGCAGGUGGGAUGGAAAAUGUGGGAUAUACUCGAGAAGACUUGAAACGAUAUCUUCGUACUCGACGGGAAAGGGGUUUGAAAUAUGGAGAUGCAGGAAUGUUAAUUGACUACAAAUUUUUUGGGGAUGUAGUCACAUUCGACACAACGUACAAAACAAAUAAAGAAUACCGGCCACUUGGAGUGUUUGUGGAAGCCAUGUGCGGAAAGCAUCCAAGUACCAUACUAACCGACCAAGAUCACGCCAUGGCAGCCGCUCUUUCAGUCGUCAUGCCUGAAACAUUUCGCUGUCUAUGUACGUUUCACAUAAGGCGUAAUUUUAUGAAACAUCUUGGCAAUCACUACAAGGAAAAUAGUGAUCUUCCAUACAUGUUUGGUGCCUGCAUGUAUGAGUUUGAAGAAGUGGAACAAUUUAAUAGGGUGUGGGAGGCGAUGGUGAAGAAACACAAUCUUGAAAAUAAUGAAUGGCUCUCCGGGUUGUAUCGAAUUCAUGAUAAAUGGGCAAGGUGCAUGAUGAAAGAAAGAUGGACCGCAGGAAUGCGAAGCACCCAACUUAGCGAAAGCCUAAAUGCAGCGAUUAAAAAUCAUUUGAAACUGGAUCAUGACCUUGUGUAG